AGUAUCAGCCAAAGUCCCAAAGUGGAAGGCUGGUGCGCAACUAACUGUGAUCGUAACCCCCCCAAAUUCCCCCUCUACCACUACCACCACCACUCCCCUGCUUGUGGUAGACACGUGAACAAACAAACAGACAAACAGACAAAGGACAAAUUUCCGAGCGAGGACCAAAAACAAAAACAAAAACAAAAACAAAAGCAAAGGAAAAAAAGUGAGAAUUGACCGUCCGUUGUGUGUUUAAAAAUUAAUGAAUAAACUUUGAAAAAAAAAACAAACUAACAUAAACAAACAUUCACCUCUAAUCAUCAUCAUCACCAUCAUCACCAUCAAGCAAUAAGGAUCCCGUUUUCUGUGUAAAUAUACAUCUAUAGAAAACGGAGAGAUUUAUUCAAGAGUGUGAGAGGGAGAGAGAGAGAAAGAAAGAGAGCGAGAGAGCGAGAGCGAGCGAGCGAGCGAGAGAGAGAGAGAGAGAGAGAGAGAGAGAGAGAGAGAGAGAGAGAGAGAGAGAGAGAGAGAGAGAGAGAGAGAGAGAGAGUGAGGAAAGAAAGAAAAAAGUGUGUUUCAAGCUCGAAUGAAGAAAAUUUUUCCCCCUUAAGAAGUGAGAAAGGGAGAUAGUGAAAGAGAGAAAAUAGAUUUAUCUCCACUCAAGCUGUGAUAUAUACAAGUGUACCCUCCGAUUCCCGUUUUCUUCCGCCUCAUUCCGUUUUCUGUGCGACCAAGAGGGCUGGCGACAAACUGACAAGAAGCAAAACGUAAUUUAACAAGAGCAAAAAAAAAAAGAAAAAAAAAGAAAAAAGAAAAGAUAAAGAAAAAAAUAGAAGAGACAAAAGAGGAAGAGGAAGAAUAAGAAGAAAGGAACAGUAAACAAGAAGAGGAUCUGUGUUUUUUUCAACUUUUUCUCUUCUUCUCCGUCGAGUUCCCUUUUCUCUCUCUCUCUCUCUCUCUCUCUCUCUCUCUCUCUCUCUCUCUCUCUCUCUCCUGUUUCAUUUGUUGUUGUUUGUUCUUCUUUGGUGCUAAAAACAGCCAAAGUUUUAGAAUUUUUGAGCAAUUAAGAAGUUUAUUAAUUUCUAACAUUUUUGGACGUAAGACUAAAAAAAAAUGAUAAAUGUUUGUUUGUGAUACGUGGUGUUCUUAAGUAAUUUGUAAGUGUUAAGUGAAUACUAUUAGUACAGUUAAUUCUAUUGGCUUGGGAGACGUCUGAAGUGGUCGUCUAAGUAGGAAGAGUGAGUUUUAAGUGGGGUUUAGGUGAGAGUGAAAAUUUAAGUGGGAUUUUCAGAGAGAAUUUCAGGGUUUAAGUGAAGAUUUAAGUGAGAGUCUGGUGAUUUAAGUGAAAGUUUGAGGAUUUAAGUGAGAGUUUAAGUGGUGGUGCUGCCCAGAAUAAGGUGUUGACUGGCCUGGUGUUGGCUGUGCCCGGCUCUGAUGUGAUUCUACCUGUCCUCACCUGUCUUACUUCACCUGUCUGUUAUUUGCUGGUUGUUACUACUACUACUACUACUACUACUACUACUACUACUACUACUACUACUACUGUUGCUGCUUCUGCUGUUGUUGUUAUUGUUGUUGUUGUUGCUGCUCCUGUUCUUGUUGUUACUGAGAAAGGUUCUUGUAUCUCUCUCUUGUUCGUUAUUGCUCGUCUUUCUACUACUACUACUACUACUACUACUAUUACUACUACUACUACUACUACUACUACUACUACUACUACUACUACUACUACUUGUUACUGUUGCAGCUCAUCUCGUUGUUACUGUUGUUGUUGCUGUUGCUAUUGUUGAUAUUGUUGUUGUUGUUGUUGUUGUUGUUGCUGUUGUUGUUGUUGUUGUUGUUGUUGUUGACUCUAAGGGGUAUUCAACUGUCUGUCCAUCUGUCCAUCUCUCUGUCUGUCUGUCUGUCUGUCUGUCUGUCUGUUCGCCUGUCUCCGCCACGUGCCCCCGCGGCGCCUGCCAACACGGGCGUGAGGGGCGGCCUCAGCACGCCCCCCGCGCCACGCCCGCGCCCUGCCCUCCCGCCCAUCACCACGACUUCCCAAAGGCGAGAGAGGCCCGCCCACGGUCACCUGCUCCUGGCCGUGAACCCGGGACUCCGCCCACGCCACACCCACGCCCACGCCGCGCCCGCGCCUCGCCCCAUGAUGGCCGCCUGCACAGUGGGUGAACCGCACGCCCACGCUCACCAGCUCCUCACCUCUCUCUUCCCUCCUCUCACGCCCAUCGCCUCCUUCACCGCCGCGCCUCUGCACGCCCACGCCGCCCACCACCACCACCACCACCACCCGCUGCAGGACCCGCACGCACACCCGCACGCACACCACAUCCACCUGCCGCUGCAGGAGGCGCCUCCGCCGCCCACGCCCACUGCCGUGGCCGCCGCGCACCUCCCGCUCCAGAUGGCGCCCACACCACGCCCGCCAGUCCACCCACACCCGCCCCCACACCACCCACACCCCCACCCUCCGCCCCUCAAGGAGCCGCCCACGCCCACUUCCACCGCGCCGCCGCCUGCAUCCUCCUCCUCCUCCUCCGCGGGCGUGGGCAAGACUCCAUCCGGCGGGGGCGGCGUGGGUGGGGGUGGCGGGGGCAGCGCGCCGACCCCCCACCACCACCACCACCACCACGAGACCAGCGACAUGCGUACACUCUACGUGGGUAAUCUAGACGCGGGGGCCAGCGAGGAACUCCUUAUGGCAGUGUUCAGCCACAUCGGGCCUGUCAGGAGCUGCAAACUGAUACAUGAGCAAAGCGAGGAAUCUUCUGGCAACGAUCCUUACUGCUUCGUAGAGUUUGCUGAUCGACAGUCGGCUGAACACGCACUGCACACCAUGAACAAACGCCUCUGCUUAGGAAAGGUGAGGCAGGGGAGGGGCAAGGGCGAGGGGUGGAGGGAUGGAGGUGGGAGAGGGAUGCUGGGAGGGGCUGGUGGGAGGGAGGGGCUGGAGGAGUGCAAGCUGAGACAGGUUAAUUGA